AUGUUCGCCCGGACCAUCGUUAUUCUUGCACUCGGCGCUCUCGCCUCCGCCCAAACACUCACGGGCUUCCCCGAGAGCAUUUCUUGCAAGCAGAAUUCCGGGGGAAACGCCAGCGUUUCCAAAGCCGAGAUGAAGGCAGCCAUCGUUGGCCCUAAGGGUUUCAAAGAAGACGAUUCUGCGGCCAACGUCGCCUCAGGGAAAUGUUCGAGCCUUUCCGGCAUCCCACUAUUCACGGUUGGAGCUGCGAACAAGGCCAACGUUGGAUUCGCAUACGAUAAAGCGAAGGAUACUUACCACUUCUGCUUCGCACAGGGUGCGGUUGAUGACGCCACUGGCUACCCUUCUCAAUGCACCUAG